GGUUGUUUUUUUUCUGCAAUAACAAAUAUCAUAAGGAUCCGAGAAGACGAGUAAUUUUGGAACUGAAGCACAAAAAUCAAACGAAUCGGGGCACAUUACAAUGUAGGAUAAAUGCAGGCAGAGCAAUGUUGCUUUUACAUGGAUGGUUUUUUUGUGCCGGCGGGCGCAACGUUCUCUUGGUGCGUUACGCUCCCGCCUGCGAGCCAGUGAGUUGGUGAAAAUUAUUAACCCCGGACCGGAAGUUUAUACCAAAGCUGUGUGAGCGUGUGUGUUAUGCUUGAUGGUAAAAAGCAAUCCAGGAAAGAAAAGAGAAAUAAAAGUCCAAAACGUUUCGCUCGGUGCAUCAGCUCAGGCGGCGUUCCUCGUAAAAAGGGGCUGAAAGUGAAACUUGACCCGAAACCCCGAUGGAACGUACCGCGCGCCGGUAAACCGUCCGGAUAUGCAGUUUGCGGGAUCGAUUUUCUUCGACCGGGCUGGUGUAAAAAAUGCGUCUACUCAGUGCAAUAGUGUGUGUGUGCGUGCGUGAGUGCGUGUAACGAGUUGCGUAAUAUUCGCAGUCCUGACAAGCGUGCCGUCAGGCUUUGGCCACGCGCGACACCAUGUACAGCGACCAGGAAGGUGUCUGCGUGGGUGUUUGUGUAUGAAGCGCGUGUGUGUGUGUGUGUGCGUGUGCUCCGCUUGUGGAACCACCGUUUGUCAACAAAUCGUCACUCAAAGCCACAGUUUCGGUGCGCUGCUAAAAAGUUUGCCGGUCGGUUGGAUAUCCAAGCCUCCCACCGGGCACGAAUAGCACGCACACUAUCAGUGGGCAACUAUCAACGCACGCACGUACGGCAAGUAAACCUACAAUCAGCACCAUAUUCCGGCGGUAUCGAGUGGAGGUGGAAGGAAAAGGCAGAGGCAACACCGAAGCAGAAGCAGCAACAUCAGCCGGAGGAGGAGGAGCGAAUAAAAACCCCACCAUCAAGGACAGCCCGUAGCAGUAGCCGUUUCCGUUCAGGCGAGGCCGCCUGUGUGACGUGUGCGAAAGGAGCGAAAGUCACAUCCAUCCGCCAUUUGCAUCUGCCUGCGAUUCGUGCAGCAGCCGGGCGCCCGGUACCACCGUCAGUCGUUGUCGAUCCUGCAACGUGUAACGUAGUCGUGGCGCGCAGUUGUUGGAUGGUUUUGUUUUGCGGUGCGUGAUAAGACACCAACUGGCACCGAAAGAUGGCGCACCAGUAACGUAACGCCGUACGUGACAAUCGCUCGUCAGCAGGAUGGCGGAUAGUGGGGCACCAGGGUCGGUGGCGAGUGGUGGUGGUGGUGGUGGUGGGCCACCGAACCGUGGCCACCCAACAGGGACGGUCCAGGUUCCGGCCGCUGGAGGACAUCUGGUAUCUCAUGGACGGCCGGUACAUCCGGGUGCAGCUCCACCGUCCCAUUCCACCAUAUCCAAGCCGGCGUCUAAUUCGGUCAUCGUCGGCGGUCUGGUAAACGGUCCGAGGAUUGUGAUCCUGCACCGUUAUAAUGGUGAUUUCGGAUUCACUCUGCGCCAUUUCAUCGUCUAUCCUCCGGAGUCUAUCACGGACACUACGGUCAACCCGUUAACGAUUGCGGGCGUGCUGAACUUUGUCCAGCCGAUGGACACGGUGUUCGUGAAGAAGGUGCACCCGAACUCGCCGGCCCAUCUGGCCGGCCUGCAGGAAGGUGACCGGUUGCUGGCGGUGAAUGGCGUCCCGGUUACCUCCAUACCGUACUCGCAGGUGGUGGCCACGAUUCAGCAAACACCGAAAACGCUUACCCUUCAGGUGGUCCCGAAGAACUACGACAUACUGCAAACGUUUUUCCGCGAAACUGCCCACAACCCGGAAACAAACCAGCGUCCGCAACCGCAGCAACCGUACGCACCGAAACCGGCGCUGAUGGCGGCUGGCGCGUACCCAAAAUCGAAAGCCGCCCCGCCGCCACCACCACCGCGCCACUCGCUAACGGUGGAAGGCGUACAGGAGAAGCAGGAAUCGCUGUACAGUACGCUGCAGGAGAUCGUGGCGGACAAUGUGGUGCCGCCGCAACCGGGCCCGAAGGGUGCGGUAACGUUGCACGACCUGCCAAAGAUACUGAACCAUCCGGCUGGUUCCGCUACCGGUGUGCCGGUGGUUCCGCACCGUAUGCAUCUGCAGAAGCCGCUCGUACCGAUGAUCGCACCGAAACCGGUGCCGAUGCCGUACGAACAGAACCAUUUCAUGAAUCUCCACCAUCAAGAGCAGCAGCAGGCGCAGAAGCAGCAGCAAGCGCUGCAGAAAACGCUCCCCCACAGUAAGGAGGGCGGUGAACCCUUCCCGGUCGCUGGGGACGUUGGUUAUGUGCCGCUUGGCGAAGGUGACAGUGUCAUCAUGUCCCGGCUGCGCAAGAGUCUCGAGCAGAAGGAAGAGUUUCUGCGCCGUCCACCGGGUGCGGCUCAGGGUGCGUUGGCCGGCGGACCGAUGGGACCGGCCCAGCCCACCAACAAUGGGCUACCGGUGGGACAUGACGUUCAGCAACGCGAGUUCUACGCGCGUCCGAACCGUCUGCAGAAGUCGGUGUGGCCACCGAACGCUCCCGCUGCCGGUGGAUCGGCGGCGAUGGUUGGAUAUGCGAUGCCCGAAGGGAACAAAGCUUCCACCGGGGGUUUAGCAUCUCCACCGGCCAACAUCGUGACCUCGUCCCCACCAUCCAGUACCGGCACGGUCAGCAAACCGAGCUCGAGCAUCAUGCUGCGGGAGCACGCGUCACAGCUGUCCGCGAUACGGGAGCAUUUCUUCACGAGCGGCAUCGGUGGUUCGCUGCAGAUGCCACCGAAAUCGGCACCAGCAUCGUUGGCGAUUGCUCCGGUCGCCAUCACGACGACUGACGGUCCAUCGUCACCGACCGGGGGUGCUACGGUGCCGCUGUCACCGCACAGCAUGCACGCCGUCUCGGAGAAGGCGAAGCUGUUCGAGUCGGGACGACCUCUGUCACCGGAAGGGAUCGAUCGGAUGGAUCUGUACAAGAGUGAACUGAGCCGGAUUAACACGAAACAGGUCGUACCGAAUGUGGCCGUGCGUAGGAAAGAAUUUGAACUGAAGGCCGAAAGUACUGGCUGGCGCAAAUCGAUCGAAGACAAGCCCCGAUCGGUUAGCUCCGAUUCGGAGUCACGGCGCACCCCGGUACGUCUGCGGUCACUCUCGGUCGAGUCGAACACUACGCGCGAUUCGCGCCAUUCGCUCGCCAGCACGCUAAUGCUUACGAACGAACCGUACGAGCUGAACGACAAGGAUAAGGAAAACCAGCAGCACCAGUCACCACCGGUACCGAUGCUGCGCCAGAAGCCGAUCCGGGACGAUUCGUACCGCAAUGCUGUCCGCAACUCGACAGCAUUCUGGUUGCAAGGCACUCCAUCACCAGCAGCAGCAGCAGCAUCGUCAACGCUUGGGGAAAGUUCGUCUGCUACGUCGGUUGCGUCGCUCGGUAUGUCGGACGGUGAGCCAACCGGUAUGGUACGUCCGAUACCACCGGCUCGCACGUACGCCGCCGCUCACCGACAGCAGCAUCCACUGUCGGCGGCCGAUACGGAGCAGAUGCGGAUGAAGAUGCACCACCGCAACCAGACGAUUGUUGUGCUGCGUCACUUCCUCGCCGGAGACGGCGAUGGUGGUGUGGAUGGUGAUGUGGAGAUGUUUCAGCGUCCACCACUUACCUCACCAUCGCUCGCACCACUCUCACCGCUUACGGUGGCAUCGACCGUCACCAGUACCUCGUCGGUACCGCUCACGAAUCUCGUAGCGCUGGACCAUCCAAUGGCAAGGGCUGCCACACCACCGACACCACCAUCGACACCAACGACACCAACGACAGCUACACCAUCACCCUUUCGCCCGGGGACCGGUCCGAUCCGUCCGACGACGCUCAACCUUUGCACAGAUGGUUCCGCACCGCCGGUAGUGAUGCGCCAGAAGCAACCGCACCAUCCGCUACUGCCAGAGGACGAUGAGCGUAAGAUGCGCCGGAUCUCGUACCUUCGGGCGACCGCACACGACAACCUGUUCCAGAUGCUGGAAAGCGAUCCGGACAGUAGCCCGAUGUCGCUGCCACCGGCCGAUACACCGGACACGGACGCAACGGAACCACCGGCCAUCGAGUCACCGAGUCUGCCGACGACGGUACCGCACAGUGCGGCCGAAGAUUCAUCCGGACCGUCGGGCAAGAUGCAACCGCAGCAGCUGAAAAGUGCCUAUCGUCCUUGGCGAAGGCCUCGUCUUACGACCGACAUUAAACCGCUGCGACGUCUGUUCGAACCGAACCUAUCCAAUAUGUCCACACUUCCAACAAUUCUUGAAAUCGAACCAUCCGGACCAUCCGCCGAAACGGGCGCGAAAAAGCGUGCCCGGUCCCGUCCUAUCCCUCGCCCACCGCAAGACCACCGACACGACAUGUACGACGACGCAGACGACGAUAACGACGAUGAUGAUGACGCCGACGACGACGAGGACCAGGUCGGUGCGACGUCCCGCGCCCGACCUGCUCCGCCAGCUGUCGCGAAGGGCCGUUCCGCUGCCCGGGUCACGACCACGCCGCUCGGGGCGGCCGGUGGUGGCCGACUGUUGGGGACGGCGGCGGGCAGCCUUGGCAACCUGCACGUCAUCACCACAACGACGGCGGGCGGUGUCGUCACGCGCAACUACUUCUUCGCCCAGAGCCAUGGCACGAAGACGAAAGCUCUGGCACACUUCCGGGACGGGGCGGCCGACAACUCGGAACCGUUGGUGCGGGAAGGCGAACUGCACGUGAAGGUGACGCUCAUCGAUGGCAAGCGGUCGGCGGACCGCAGCUGGCGCACCGUACAUGCGGAGCUGCGUGGACACCAUCUGAAGCUGACGCUGGUGCGCGAGGGCAAAAAUUCGAACCAGAGUCCGGAACCAUGCGGUACGAUCGAUCUGACGAACUUCCACGUAACGGAAGGAAACUAUACGAAGCGCAAGAACGUGUUCAAGCUAACGACGGCAGCAGGUUCGUACUGCCCGAUGGAGGCGGCAGCCGUGGCUGGCUUUGGACAUGCCGAGGUACACCGUACCCAGUCCGCGUCCGGGUUGGCCAAUGUAGGCGGUGCGGGCAGUGCCUGCGGGUCGUCCAUACGCAGCGCGUCCACCGUCGGGCUGCCGGGCUCGGAACGGGAGCUGUUGCUGCAGGCCGACAGUCACAGUGACAUGCAGCAGUGGAUGGAGUCGUUGCGUCUUGUUUGCGGUGGAGGCAGUACCAGCCAGCUGCAUAGUCCGGACUACCUAAGUGGACGUGGUGGACAGCAGGCAGAACCGCAACGUAUCGCAGCCCAGACAAGCGUACAGGUGCAUGGUGGAAGUGUCAGUGGCGGUGGUAACAGUGGUGACGACUACUCGCCCGUCCUGCCGGCAAAGUCUCACCGCAAGUAUGCGCUCGGGUCUCGUUCCCCGUCCGGUCAGUCGCCGGUUACGAAGAGCCGCAAGACACCGCAGACCGGUUGCAGCUCACCGACGGGCAGUGCGGACCAACCGAUUGUGCCGAUGUCGGCCACCACCAAUCAACCGACCGGUCAGUACCACCAUCAACAGCACCAUCAACCGCAUCACCUGACACUGCAGCAGCAGCAACACUUCACCGGCACCAAGGACAGCUCGGACCGGGAAAGUGGUUCGCCGAAGUCGAAAACCUGGAAGGGCAUUGUGGCCCGCCAGUUCCGCAAGAUGCAGGGACAGCCCGGGUCACCGUCCGCCACCGGCAGUUCCGACCUGAUGGCCCUGCCGGACGGUGCCUCGAUCAACGUGCCACUGCAGCAGUGUCCGGUGUCGGAGGAGAACCCGUACGUGCCGCUCGUGCUCGCCAAGUGUACCGGUAUCGUGGAAUCGAAGGGUCUGGGCGUGGUCGGCAUCUACCGCAUCCCGGGCAAUACCGCCGCCAUUACGCAGCUCACGGAAACGAUUAACCGCGGGCUGGACGAAACGGCACUGCGCGAUGCACGCUGGGAGGACGUGAACGUGGUGUCCUCGCUGCUCAAGUCGUUCAUCCGCAAUCUGCCGGAACCGCUGCUACCGAACGAGCUGUACGGUGGGUUCAUUGCCGCCGACAAGCUGAGCGGCCAACGGCGGCUGACCGAUAUGCGCCAGCUGUUGCGCCGCGUGCCGCCGAUGAACUACGAAACGCUGAAGCAUCUGAUGCGCCAUCUGUACCGUGUCAGUGCGCACAGCGAGGUAAACCUGAUGGAUCCGCGGAACCUGGCCAUCGUGUUCGGACCGUCGGUUGUCCGUUCGGCUAACGAGUCGCUCGAAACCGCCGUCAAGGAUAUGCGGCACCAGUGCCAGAUCGUCGAAGUGCUGAUCAACAAUUAUCAAUACUUUUUUGAGGAUGGACUGUUGCCGAGUGUAGACGAGAGCAAAACUGGAACCGGAACCGUCGUUGAUUCUGGGCUGGAGGUACCAUCGACAUCGCUACUGCUAGACAAUGUGUCUAAGAUUGAGCCGUUUAAGGAGCAGUCGAAGGAGAGUACCUCCGGCUUUGUGGCUAACAUUGUACAGGCAGCGAACCGCAAAAUUCGUCGUACGGCACAGCGUAAGAGCACCAUGUCCUCGACCACUCCCGACACACUCUCGCUCGACAGCACCACGUCGGCGGAAUCGAAGGAGCAGUCGUCACGCGUCAUCCGACGCUAUCUGGAACUGGGACCGAAGAGUGGCACGCCGCCUAGUGUCGGCGCAGGCGGUGACAGCGACCGUGCCCUGCAGACCGUUCAUAACAGUACCGGCCCGAUCGCUGUCCGUGGUGGACCACGUUCGGUUGGUGGGGUUGGAUCGGGCGAACCGUCGACCGAGGACAGUCUGAUGCAGUUGCAGCACCAUCACCAUCAUCACCAUCACCAUUACUACCACGGUGGUGGGGGUGUUGGUGGCGGUGGUCGACACCACAGCAGCCAGAGCAAUGACGAUGCGUCAUCAGUAUUAAAUCGCUCUUCCGAGGAUGACUCGAACGACAGUGCCUUCGCCGACAAUGGUUCCAUGUCGCUGAAGACGGUGACUAUCGCGCUGGACAACAAGUUGCGCUCGCUGCGCGACUCGUCGAUCGAUUCGGACCGGGACCAAACGCAGGAGAGUGACGGUGAUCUGAGCAGCGGUACGGCCGGGUACGGUAACGGACGGCACUCGCUCCACCAACAGUGGAGCAGCCACAUGGGCCGUUCACCGCGUCCGCUAACGCUCGGCGAGAACAUACCGUACGCGGACGAAUCGCCCGAACGGCCGCUCAUACAGGGUCGCGCGAAACCGCAGCGCACACUGACAAUUGUGAGCAGUAACAACAACAACAACAAUAACAAUCAUGAGGACAGUAGUGUACCGAUCACGCCGGCCAAACAGCAGCUCAAGAAAGCGCUGACGGCACAGUCGCAGAAAUCGAUCGACAGUGGCGGAACGGUAAACUCCAGCACGAACAACAGCUGCCUGACGCUGGUCAACGAAGCGGACGCCACGCUCGACGGUACCAUCAUCGUUGGUGGUGAGGUGGAAGGCGGCGGUGGCGGUGGUGGUGGUGAGGUGACGCACGAGGUAGAUGAAAACGGACAGCAGCAGCCAACGGUCGGCAAGGGCCGUAACGUGUCGCUCAGCUCGGACGAAACGGACACGUCGACAACGAGCAAUCCGCGGGAGAAGCUUACGGCCGCCACGUACCGUAUCGACACCGAGAAGCUGAAGAAGAUGAACCGCAUCCUGACGCAGCUCGAGCGCAAAGCAAACAAUCUCGAGCGUAAGUUCAAUCUGAACCGUUCCCUGUCGCUCAACUACAAAUCGCCCAAGGCAGUGGACUGUUGCUGCUCGCAUCACGCACUACCGGUGACGCAUUCCUCACAACCACAGGCCCAACCGGUUGCAGCACACUGCUGUCAGCAUCAACAGCAGCAGCAGCAGCAGCAGCAGCACAUCAACAAUAACAACAGCACAAGCUGCCACAAUCAUAAUGGUAGUGUCGGGGGCAGCACGAUCGGCAGCACGAUCGUUAGCCUACGGUCACGGUUCUCCCUGACCAAGGACGAAAAGACGGACAAAAAUAUUAACCGGCGACGGCAGAUACACGACACGUCCGCCACAUCCCACCCGGCCAUCGGCACCGGCAAUGGCAAUGCGAGCGGUAGCAACGACAGCAGCAGCUGCUCCGGUGAACCGGCCGGCCCGCAGAUUAUCCUAACGCCGGCCGUACCACCGGCACCGGCGGGUGCGUCCGGCCGGCAGCGGCGCCAUGUUGGCAGCCGGUCGAUACGCCGUCGGCAUACGGUCGGCGGUACGCACGAUUACUACUCGAACAAAAUGAACGGUCCGCAUCAUCACCACCACCAUCAUCAUGCGCAUCACCAUCCGCACAACCACCAUCACGUUGGGCCGGGUUGUUGCCCUGUGCCGCAGAACUGAACCACUCUUGACCAAACCACCGUUCUUUGGGCGUUCUAGUGUGUGUGUGUGUGUGGGUGUUGAUUGGUUUUUUUUUCUGGUUACGUUUUUUUGUCACUUCUUGUGAGCCCCUUGUGUAGGACAGUGGAUAGAGAAGAUUUCUUUCAGCGAUCGCUACUAGAUGAUAGGUGUAGUAGGUAUUAGCAUCCUUCAAAACGACCCUCCCAAUCCCUACUCCUCGAUCUUUUCAUGCUUGUUUAAGUGUUUCAUUGUGCAAUGUGCGUGUGUGUGCGUGUGUUGAGUGUAAGGGCGACGAAAGUAAGCCACCCAAGUUGUUCUUACGAACAAAAAAAGAAGCUGCGAAACGAAUAUGAAAGAAUGGUGACGAACCACACGAACAGAAUUCGUAGAUUUAGUAGCGUAUUUAAGAAAAACCGUGUGAAAAGUGAAAACAAAAAAGCAAAAUGGCGAUUGAUAAGCAUUCAUAAUAAUAGUGAGCAACAAUGCAAUUCGGGGUGAAAGGAUUGAGGGAAAGCAUUGAGCAGGUGCUCUGGUAGAUUUAAUUUAAACAUUUAUAAUCUAGUUGAGAGGCAUACACACACACAUACGUGCGCACCCAUAAAUCCUGUUAGGGAUCAAACGAAAGAGACCAAGAACGAGAGAGAGAGAGAGAAGGAGAGCGCAGACGGUACGGGUUUAUGGCGAAAUCAAAAUUGUGAUAAUUGUUGAAGUUGAAAACACUCUUCCACGCUUCAACACACCGAUUGGCAAACAUUACGAAUUAUGAUGAGCAAAAGGAAAACAAAUGAUGAGGUUAAUGAGGUGCAUACAGCGAGUUCGUCUAUAUCGUGGAACUUGUUCAACCGUUUCGGGGACUGAUUCGUAUGGCUAUAAGGAUCUUUACCAUCAGAUAAUGGAAUUUGGUGGAAUCGCCAAUCGUUUCCAGCUAUCUCUGAGAGCGAAUAGGACAACUUGGGAUCUUGUUGUUCCAGGGAGAAAAGUCUUCAAACCCUUAGUACCACUUUAACUCGUGAACUCUAGCUUGCUCCACGUUUCCAAGCGAUAGAUCCAAUAGAUUCCAGUCUUCAAUAAUGAUUUGAUCAAUAUCCGAGUUCGAGUACUUACACCACCAGCUUUAAUCGGUUCGGCUACUAUUCUGGUCGGUCCCUGGCAACUCGUUGCUCUUGCUGGUAUCUCGACGUUCGUCUAGAUGCUAGAUGGCAGUAUAGCAUAUGGCAGAAUGAUAUGAAUCCUUAUGUCGACUACAGAAGUCACCUCAGGACAGAAGCAAUCUGACUAACCUGCCGGUAAUAAUUCUUGAAGCUCCUACCCAUUCUGCUGGGAAGAGCUCCAAAGUUUUUUUUUUGUCUGUAUAAGGUGGGUGUAUGGGUGUCAAAACAGUCCAGAUUGGUGGCACAGAGCUGAUCCUACUCCGACUUUCAAAUUUGAAACAUUCCCCUAAACGAUUGAACAGUUCCAUUAAUAUGGAAUCGGAAUCACUGUCUUGUGGAGCCCCUUUGUUAUUGUUUAUUAUUAUUAUUAUUAUUAUUGUAAUUAUUAUUAUUAUAAUUAUUGCUAUUUCUGUCUCUUUCGCGCUACCGUAUCGUUUGCAGUGACUCACCUUUUCUUUCCGAUCACGCGAUGCAGGAUGCUUACAAAAAUCUUGUACGUGUGUGUGUGGGCGCGUGUAUGUGCGUGUGUGUGUGUGUGUGCGCACAAUAGUAUAUUCCUUCUCCAUUUUGUCGUUUGUUUUUCAAUAGCGUGUCCCAAUUAGUGUGCCCGCUACGAUUCAUAAUUGUUUGUAUCGCUACCACUAAACAGCUGUGUUAGUGUUGGUUUGUGUUGUAUUUCAUAGCAUUAGCUUGAUGAGUUUUUUUUCCACCCCCCCCCCCCCCCCUGUUGUUGUUUUAAAAACAACAUCUUCUUCUUCUUCCCAUUCUUCCUAAUCGUCUUCUCCGUUCCUGCUACAUACAUACAAACCAAUUAAAUGUGUACGUGUUUAUAACGUGUUCUUUAUCAUUGUACGUGUCAGUGUGUGCGUGUGUUUGUGUUUGCGUGUAUGUGUGGGCCUGUGUAUUGGAAACAGCAAAAAAGCACCUUUUUUGGUUUAUAUUUUUUCUCGGAGAAAAGAGAGAGAGAGAGUGAGAGAGCGAGAUUGGUAGAGUGAGAAAAACUCCAGCUCCAGCUUAAAGCGAAACAAAACUACGAAAUUAAGAAUAGGAACUAACAAAAGGCAGAACCGAUCACGGUCAAAGCAUCUCUGGUCCCGGAUGUGUAAUCAUGUACCCGUGCUCGAUAGCGAUAUGGCAACUGGGCACGUUCCAGCAGUAUUGGGAAAAGGGAGCGAAAGCUUUGACCGGUGCGACCCUACGAGAACCAGUAAACGAUUGGCAGAAUAAUUCUAGGAAGAUAAAAGAAAACGAAAAAGAAGCAAACAAAAAAACACAAAAUUAAAAGAUGGCUGCGGAGGAGCAGGACGCCAUUUUUUUGUUGUUGUUUUCCUUUCGUUAUUCGUUUUGUUUGUUAGGAGCAAUGAUCAGAAGACUGUAGGGCGCGGCGCUCGGAGGUGAAAUUUAUAUAGGGCGGAAAGGCAAAGAGAUAAAAUUCAAAAAACGGAAACCCCUUUUCGAUAGAGGAUGGCAGAGCAUACACACAGGCAGGAGAAGUGAUAUUAAUUGCUAAUAAAACGUGGAAGAUAAUGAACUGA